AGCCACUGGUUCAGCUUUUAACUCUUGCAAAAACUGCCUCAAUCUACUCGACGAGCUCCCCUUGAUCAUAUGCGAUCUCGAAACCGAGGCAGGCGCAGAAGUCGGAGUAUCAACUCCAUCAUCAACGGUCAACCCCCCACCAACCUUCCACCUCUGAUCCCAUCUCAGCUUCCACCUCAGCUUCCACCUCAGCUUCCACCUCAGAUCCCAACUAUAUUCCCUCCUGUUGAUCAUGCAGAAGGAGGAGAUGAAAACCAACCUCAUGCCUCAGCUCACAACUCAACUUCUACUGCCAACCAAGAUGUAGUGACAGCUCAGCUUGCUGCCAUGCAACAACAGUUUGGUGUUUUUCAGUUGGUACUGGCCCAGCUUUUAGCCAGAAACAAUCCUGGUGACCCCCUUAUUAAUUUACUGAAUCCUGCUCAACAACCCCCAGCUCCACAACAGAAUCCUCAACCGGUUCAUCAUGCUCCCGCUAUUAGCGAAUCUCAGGCUCAAUCCCACAUCGCCCCCGCUCAACAACCCAUCCCUGAUGAUGUUACUCGCCGCCUCGAUAGUCUGGAAAAGCUAGUAGUUGAACACCAAGGUGCUCCACCCCCACACCAUGCUACUGAUUCUAUACCUCAUCCUCUGAAUACCAACAUUACACUGGAACCCUAUCCUGCUGGCUUCAAAAUCCCACAACUAGAGACUUAUGAUGGGACAAAGGAUCCCGAUGAUCAUCUGCAUGCUUUCUACUCUUGCAUGCAAGCUCAGAACGCCUCUAACGCGUUGAUGUGCAAGAUCUUCCCCUCUACUCUCCGAGGUAAUGCCCGAACUUGGUAUUAUAGUUUACCUCCGAGGUCAAUUAGCUCGUAUACAGAAAUGGCAUCUACCUUUGACACUAAGUUUUCCAGUAGAAGAUUGAUUAGGAAAACUACUUCUGAGCUGAUGAAAGUUAAACAGAGAGAUGGAGAAUCUCUGAAAAACUAUAUGAGCAGGUUUAAUGAUGCAAUUUUAGAGGUUAGUUCCUUUGAUCAAGCUGUGGGAAUUGCAGCUGUGAUUUCCGGUCUCAAGCAUGACAGGUUCAGAGACAGUUUGAUCAAACAUGCUGCCACCACCUUCAGCGAGGUGAACGAUAGGUCUUUGAAGUUUAUAAUCGCUGAGGAGUAUGCCCUGGCGCAAAACUCACCCCCCUCUAAGAACCAGAACCCAGAAUGGAGAGAUGACAAUCCGAGCAGGAAAAGGAUGAGGGUGGCGCAGAACCGAGGUCCGAUGUUGACCUCCCCACCAAGAUUCGGAAGGACGAACUCCACACCCCCGCAACAAUCUGUAGGUAAACCUCCAGUUAAUUGGACUCCCUUUAAUCUGCCGAGGUCACAAAUUUUUAUGCAGAUCAAAAAUAAGAUGGACUUGAGACGUCCUGGCCCAAUGCGAACUGCCGCUGCUAGUCGAGACCAUACCAGAUAUUGUGAUUUUCACCAAGAUCACGGCCAUACUACAGAGCAGUGUAACAGUUUAAAGUCCGAAUUGGAAAGUUUAGCUCAGAAGGGAAUGCUGAAUGAACAAGGUGUGGGAUAUCAGCAAGCCCCACCUCCGCUCCCACCACCAGCUAGAAUCAUACACAUGAUUACAGGAGGCCUUGAAGCAAGUGGACUAAGCUCUAAGCAGCGAAAGCUGUAUGUUAGAGAGGUUAAACAUCAAAACCGAGCUCAGAAGCGGAAGAUUGACGAUGCUGAGUGGAAGAAUCAACCCAUUACUUUCACAUCUGCCGACCUCGACACAGUUGUUACACCCCACAAUGAUCCUCUGGUCACUUCUGUCAUGAUCAAUAAUUGUGAAAAAUAUGAUGGUCCUAUCUAUGGUUUCAAUAACCAACCUGUUUCGGUAGAAGGAGUUCUUACCCUCCAUGUUGCUUUUGGGAGUGGCAGGACCUAUGUAACCCCUUCAGUCCGAUUCCUCAUCGUCAAGAUGGCGUCCUCUUUCAACAUUGUCAUUGGCCGACCCACAUUGAUUGAAAUCCGAGCUGUGGUUUCCCAAUCUCAACUCUGCAUGAAAUUCCCAACUCCUAUGGGAAUAGCAACACUACGAGGAAACCAAGAGGUGGCCAGACAUUGUUAUAUCACCUCGGUAACACAACCUAUGAAGGGCAAAGAUCAGACACCCGAGGUCAUUCCCCAGCGAAUUGCUGAUAAUCAGCAAGUUAUGGGUGUAGAGAUCGUCGAUAAUCGACCGGAUGAUGAAGCCAAAGCUGCUCCAGUCGAAGAUGUUGAAGAAGUGCUUGUUGAUGACAAAGAUCCGAGCCGAAAGAAGCAGAUCGGAACUAAAUUGAGCCCAGAGGAGAGAGCAGAGCUGAUAGCUUUUCUCCGAGCUAACAAUGAUGUGUUCGCAUGGACUUCGGUAGAUAUGCCAGGAAUUCCAAAGAAAGUGGAUUACUGCGAAUGGGUGGCAAACCCAGUCCUGGUGAAGAAGGCAAACGGUAAAUGGCGAAUGUGUAUCGAUUACACAAACCUUAACCAUGCCUGCCCUAAGGAUUGUUAUCCGAUGCCGAGCAUUGAUAAAUUAGUUGAAGCGGCUUCAGGCAAUGAGAGGUUAAGCCUCUUGGAUGCAUAUUCUGGGUAUCACCAGGUGCCAAUGGCUCCCGAAGACGAAGAGAAAACCUCGUUCUAUGCCGGCGAUGAAAUUUAUUAUUAUGUCAUAAUGCCGUUCGGUUUAAAGAACGUAGGUGCUACUUAUCAGAAAAUGGUGACCAUCGUCUUCCGAGCUCAGAUCGGCAAGAAUCUGGAGGUGUAUGUGGAUGACAUUGUGGUAAAGAGUCUGAAGGCAGAAAACCAUCUAGCCGACCUCGACGAAACCUUUAACAACCUCAGAAAGAACCGGAUGCGGUUAAACCCAGCCAAGUGCAUCUUCGGAGUGGAGUAUGGAAAGUUUCUAGGUUUCAUGGUGUCCCGAAGAGGGAUUGAGGUCAAUCCAGAGAAGAUCAGAGCAAUUGCUGAGAUGGAACCGCCGAAGUCAGUGAAAGAUAUACAGAGGCUGACUGGAAGGGUGCAGAGAUCCGCAAUCCGAGCUCAAGCAUUAGCAGAUUUUAUUGUCGAAUGCACUCCAUGUCCCUCAACCUCUACUCCAGAACCCAACGAAUGGACCUUAUAUGUUGACGGAGCAUCUAGUAGCAAGGGUUCAGGGGCUGGCGCUCUCUUGAUCGGUCUAGAAGGAUACCGAAGCAAACAUGCCCUAAAGUUCAACUUUGAUGCGACAAAUAAUAUGGCUGAGUAUGAAGCUCUGCUACUUGGUCUACAACUAGCAUUAGAGUUGAAAAUCAGUGCAAUUCAAGUGUACAGUGACUCCCAGCUGGUGGUGAACCAAAUCAACUCUAUCUGCGAAGUGGUUGAUCCGGUGAUGACAAAGUAUGUAGCCUUGGUGGCCGAGCUGAAGUGCAAAUUCCAGAAAUUCUGUCUGAGUAAAAUCCCCCGAGCUGAGAACGAACAAGCAGAUUCACUAUCCAAGUUUGCCUCUGAUAGCUCUUUAAGUUCCAGAUCCGUUUUUGUAGAGGUCUUAGAUGAACCAAGCUUCACGAAGCCUCGGGUGAUGGAGAUUAGCACAAACCCUGACACGCCGAGCUGGACUGAUUCGAUUGUCUCCUUUUUACGAGAUGGGAUCAUACCUGAGGACAGGCAGGAGGCAAUGAAAUUGAGGAAGAAAGCAUCUCGGUAUACACUCGUUGAUGGGGUCCUGUAUAAGAGAUCUUUCUCACUUCCUCUUCUACGGUGUUUAAACCCAUAUGAAACUGAAUAUGCACUUCGAGAGAUGCAUGCAGGUGUCUGUGGGAGCCAUGUAGGUGCUAGGACUCUGGCUCACAAAGUCUUAAGGCAAGGAUAUUACUGGCCAAACAUGUACAAAGAUGCCACUUACUUUGUUCAGAAAUGCCCGAAAUGUCAAUUCUUCGCACAUCUGACUCACCAACCAGCAGAAGAGCUCACGAACAUGGUAGCACCGUGGCCAUUUGCUUAUUAUGGGAUCAAGUUACAGUUCACCUCUGUUUAUCAUCCGGAGUCCAAUGGCAUGGUUGAAUCUGUUAACAAAUGCAUUUUGGAAGGUAUAAGGCCGAGAUUGGAACAGCAUAAGGCCAAGUGGGCAGACGAGCUCAACAACGUCCUUUGGGCAUACAGAACCACGAGCCGAAGUGCCACAGGUGAAACACCCUACCACUUGGCCUUUGGUACCGAAGCAGUCAUUCCUGUUGAGAUAGGAGUCCCAAGCUUCUGGGUCACCCAUUUCGAUGAAGAACGAAAUGGACAACUACUUCGGGAAAACCUUGAUCUGCUUGCUGAAGUCAGGGAAGAAGCUCGGCUUCGAACUCUUAAAGCUGGCCUAACGGGGUUUGAAACUCGUUUUGGCAAACUCGCCCCGAAUUGGGAAGGCCCUUACGCCGUGGCCGAGGUGCCACAUCCUGGUGCCUACGUCCUCCAAGACGCUGAAGGAAAGAGAGUUCCUAGAGUUUGGAAUGUGAAUAACUUGAAGAAAUUUUACCCCUAAUAAAAUUCUUUCAAGUGAUCUAUGUCUUACUAUUCUUUACGCUUCUCACUUCGUGUUUGUGGAGAUUCAUUUUACCUCUUAUUCUAUGUAUCUGAGGUCAAUCAGUUCAUUCCUUGAAACUCACUUCUGUUAAUAAAAGUCCCUUCACAUU